AUGGCAGCCCCGGUGGGCAGGGGCCUGGUCUGGGAGCACCAGCGCUUCGUGUCCGCCCGGGCCUUCCCCGCGCUCGAUCUGCCAAUGCAGAUGGCAUGUCAAAACCGAGUGUUAGACACCGGUCAUCCUUCAGCGGCCACAGCAGUUCAUCCGCUACUGCCGCUACUGCCCCUGGACGUCCCGGUCUCACGGCGGGAGCCAUUGGAACUGGUUCCGGAGCGAAGUCCCCCGGUUGUAGUACAACAGCAGCAGCAGCAGGGUCCGGUGGCAACGAUGACGCGGACGGCGGUGGGUGGUGGUGGUGGCGGUGGUGGUGGUGGUAUGGACAGGCGGCAGGUAUGGGUUGAGGACGCGGAGACGCAGGCCAAUGUACGGAAAUGGCUAAAAGUACUCCAGGAGUUCAAGACGUUACCCCGGGACUCCCUGGAGUUCGUGUACCUGUGCAACGCCCGCCCCGAGCUGUCUAACCGCAACCCGUACAACUUGAAGCUUGUCCAGCACGCGGAGCUGAAGAGCUCACCCGCCUCGCGGGACGACUACUACACCGUAUCUGCGCAGGGCGUGACCCACUUCCUGGCCGGCGUGGGCGACUUUGUCACCCUGGAGCAGUUUGAGCGCGAGUACUACCUGUACCGGCAGCUGCUGCGGUUCCGAAUGUUCUCUCAGUACCGCCUGUGGAAGAGCUUCAGACUGUGGCGCCGGUUCGUGAGCACCCGCAAGGCCCGUAGCGCCAAGACCGUGCUGCAGAACAGCCUGUUCACACUGAACCCCGUGUUCAGCCUGGCGCUGGUGCGACUGCGGAAGUCUUGCCAGGAGUUGCAUGAGCUUCGUCUUCACGCAGUAGAACGAGACCGCCUUUACACGUUGCCGGAGCUGGUAUCUCUGCACGAGGCGCGGAGGGAGGAGACGAGGGAAGCCUUGGAGAAGCUGGAGCAAGACAUCCUCCAGCAGGCGCAGGAGGCAUGUGCUGCAGCCAGGCAUUUAAUGGAGAUGCAGCUCAUGGGGGGCAACUUCACGAAGGUGGGUGCCGCCGCCGCCGCCACCGCCGGCACGACGGCGGGGCUCGAAUGGUCCGGCGGCGGUCCGGCGGCGGCGGCGGCGGGGUUCGGCAGCUCCGGAACCGGGCCUUGGACGGGUUUGGGAGCAUCGGCCCCAGCGGUCGCAACCGAGCCUGACGCCACCAGCAUUGCCGUCGGUACCGUUGCCGGUAGUGGCGGCGGCUACGCGCCAUCGGUGCUGUCGUACACUGUCGACACGUCGGCCGGCAGCAGCGGCGGUGGCGGCGGCGAGUUUGGAUACGCGCUGAGCGCCGCGCGGAGGUCGUACAAGCGCCGUAUUCAUGCGUUUCAAGGCGACGGGGCCGCUGAAGGCGGCGGUGCCGCCACCGCAGAUCCAGAUCGCGACCUGGCGCUGGAUCUGGUCUCUUUUGACGAUCUGAUGGCGCCGAAGGAGUGGGGCAUCGACGGAGGUCAGUUCCUGCAGCUGGAGAUUCACCUCCGCAGCGCCGCCGGUAGCGCCGGCACCGGCGGUGGCGGCGGCGGUGGCGCUGCCGCCGCCAUCUCCAGCAUGUCGGCUGCCGAGUUUUACCAGUCGUUCGGCCGGAUCCAGGCCUCGUGGAUUUCGCAGAUCCAAGCGGUGGCCAGGCUACUGACGCACCCCAAGCUGCAGGAGUACUUGGAGCUGCCCCUGGACAGCAAGGCGGUGGACGUGGAUGGUUUCAAUGAGAUCCUGCUUGGCGCGUCGUACGGCAGGGUGGCGGGUGCCGUACAGGCCCGGCUGCGUGGUCUAAUGGAGGAGGCUGAGGAGCUGCUGAUCACCUUUGAGGGCAUCAAGGACGCUGCGUUGUCUUGCCGUCCCGUGGACGAGACGGCUGUACGACUGGCCUGGGAGGCUGGUCAACACGAUCUGGUCAUGUACCGGCGGGAGAUGACGUUGGUGAGGGACAAGCUGGAUGCAGUGAUGGCCAUACCGCCGUACAGGCAGCUGGGUGUUUUGCGUGUGCGUCUGGGCUCGCUGGUGGCCGCUCUGAAACCAACUCCGGAGCGAGCUCUGGCGGCUCUGUGCGACCUACUGCCUCGCCUUGCGGCCUUCGUGCACAACGGCUUCAUCAGCGUGGUACAUUCGGCCAUAAGGCGGCUUAGCACGGUGCCUAGUUCCGCUGACGAGCUGUCCGUGUACCUCAGUCACCUGGCGGCGUGUGAGGCCCGGAAGGCCAGUCUGGACAAGGACUACGAACUGGUUGUGGCCCACUACGAGCUCAUCUACGACUUUGGUAUUAAAGUCCCGGAGAUGCAGGCUGCCUCAUAUGCCACCCUGGCCCGGGACUUUGCCUCCCUCCGCGAUGCCAUGUGGGCCGCGGAUAGCUCCAGGUUCACGGAGCUGGAGGACUGUCACGAAGACGUGGCCCUCCGCCACCUGCUGUGGACUGUCGUACGUGACUGGUCGGAGCUGACUGCCUCCUGGCUGGACUUCCCCUUCGAGCAGCUGCAGCCCGGGGUGAUGGAGGAGCAGAUCGGCUCCGUCAGCCGGGCGGUGUUCAAGAUGGAGCGGGGGCUGGUGCCGAACAAGAUUGUUCCGCGGCUCCGGUCCGAGGUCAACUACUGGCGGGAUCUGGUUCCGCUGGUGGCGGCGCUCCGAAACCCGCAUCUCAAGGAGCGACACUGGGUCAAGGUGAAUGCCGCUGUGGGUCGCUACAUUGAGCGCAAUGAGGACCUGACACUGCAAGCACUUCUGGAUAUGAAGCUUCUCUCUGUCCGCGAGGCCAUCUCCACCAUUUCGACUGAGGCAACCCAGGAGGCGGCCCUGGAGGCACUGUUGGAUAAGAUCGUCGACAAGUGGCGUCAUGUGGAGCUGGCGCUCAGGCCGUACAAGGCCCUCAAAGACACGUACGUGCUGGGGGGAGUGGACGAGGUACUGGCCGUACUGGAGGAUAGUACGGCAGUUAUGGCGGCAGUGAGCGCCUCCAGAUAUGUGGCAGGAAUUCGCUCGGAGGUUGAGCGCAUAGACAAGCAGCUGAAGCUGUUCGGUGACACCUUGGACGAGUGGCUGGACGUGCAACGACAGGCCUACUUGGAGGCCAAGCGCAUGGCCUUCCCCCGCUUCUACUUCUUGUCCAAUGACGAGUUGCUGCAAAUCCUGUCUCAGUCGAGGGACCCCCAGGCGGUGCAGCCACACCUGCAAAAGUGUUUUGACGGCAUUCGUUCUCUUGAUUUCGGUGAUGACGCCCGUGCCAAUGACAUCCUGGCCAUGAUGAGCGGGGAGGGGGAGAGGGUGCCGCUGGGGAAGAACCUCAAGGGCUGCCAGGGCGAUCACAUCCCAGGGGGCCUGCUCGCAGCCGGUCGGGGCUUGGACCAGCCACAGCUGCUUCCGGUCCUGGACGACAACUGCAUGUUGUGUCUCCCCAACGGCGAGCGCAUCAAGCUCAACCCCGCCACCAUGCGGAUGCUGUUCGAGGUGGCGGAUCUGGCGGCGGCGUCGCCCGCCACCGUGUCGCGGUGCGGUAUGGUGUACGUCACUCCGGACGACAUGGGCUGGCGGCCUUCCUGGCUGGACGCCCUUCCCACCGAAGUGAUGGCGGCCUUUCCACCGGACACGGGAAGCCAGCCAGCCCUGACGGCCGAGCUCACCCUGGGGGACAUGAGCCCAGCCUCGAGCUGCCGCCGCUCCACCACCUCCCAUUUCGACUUCCUCGCAUUCACUCACGCGCACGGGACAACGGGAUCGACAAUAACAGGGACCGGCGCAUUCGGCGCCGGAUACAGCAACGGCGGCCGUACUGGUACGGGCAUCGGCAUCGGCGCCAGCCCGUCCAUCCGCAGCGUCGCGUCCAGCGGCGGCGGCGACGGCGGCGGCGGCGCCGCCGCUGCGGCGCAUCCAGCGCAUCCGGCGCCGGCGCGUGUACGACCCUCUCCCGGCGUCGUGUCGUACCUGUCCUCUUUGUUUGACCGCUUUUUGGAGCCUUUGCUGGCGCACGUACGGCGCAGCGCCAGUCCUGCGUUGGCCACUUCGACGCCGCCGCCGCCACCCCCGAUUUCCACGCUCCUAUGGCCGACGGCAGCCGGCAGGGCGUCGUCGACGUCGGCGGCGGCGGCAGCCGCCGCCGCCGCGAACGCCGCCGCGGCAGCGGCGGCCGCCGCUGCCGCCGGGUCCGCGGUGCCGCGGCACCUACCGUACAAAGAGCCGCUGCUGGACCUGACGUCAUCGGAGGUUUCGGAGCAGACCCAGGUAGCGCUGAACUACAUCUUUGCAUUCGCGGCUGUGUGGGGUGUCGGCGGCGCUCUGGACCCGUCCUGCUGGGAGGAGUUCGACUCUGUGGCGAAGGAGCUGUUUGAGGGCUACGCCAACUUCCCAGGCGGCUCCGGAACCGUGUUUGAUUACCACCUUGACUAUCGCAAGAAAUUUGCUUUGACGCCCUGGGAGGCUGCCGUACCGUCGUACCAGUACCGCCAGGAAGUGCCGUACUUCGACAUUCUUGUGCCCACCGUGGAAACGACACGUUAUGGCGCCCUGCUCAACUGUCUGUUGGCGGUUAACCGUUCCGUACUGCUGACGGGGCCGGGGGGUGCGGGGAAGUCGGCCCUCGUGCGCAGCAUCCUCACUCAGCAGCAGGAGUGUGGUUAUGUUUGUAUAAGGCGGGAGGGCGGGAGGAACAGGAUGAAAGCUGAAGGAAAGGGAGGGGGCAUGUACGACCGGAAGAAGUUGUUCUGGAAGGAGGUGGAGGACACGAUUCUUCUGGCGGCGUGCGGACCCCCCGGCGGGGGUAGGCAGGAGAUGAGUCCCCGUUUUGUACGGCACUUUUCUCUUAUCUCCAUGCCGCCUGUUAGUGAGGUGGCGCUGCGGGCCAUAUUCGGUGUCCUGAUGGGGGGCUUCCUGGAGCUUCAUUUCCAACCAGACAUUCGCGCCCGGCUCCAGCGGCCGCUGGUGGAUGCGUCUGUGGAGGUUUACUCGCACGUGUGUUCGGAGCUGCUGCCCACCCCCACUAAGAGCCACUACACUUUCAGCCUGAGGGACGUUUCCAAGGUGUUCCAGGGCAUGCUGACCAUUCGGCCGGCGCAGUGUGGCCCGGGUGACCCGCGGGUCACUCUGGUCCGGUUGUGGGUGCAUGAGCACAUGCGGGUGUAUCAUGACAGCCUGGCCGGUCUUGACGGCAAGCCGGUGGCCUUCCUUCUUCCCGACGAGCACAUCCUGACGACGGACAUGUUCGUGGAGGAUUUGUCCAAUUUGUUGUCGAGUGGGGAGAUCACCGGGCUGUUCGGGUUGGAGGAGAGGGAGAAGGUGUAUGCGGAGCUGCGGCACUGGGCGGCGGCGCAGGGUUUUGAUGACACGCGUGACUCGCUGUGGCGCGCCUUCAUCGGCCGCGCCCGCGACAACCUGCACGUGGUGCUGUGUCUUAGCCCGGUCGGGGAGGCGUUCAGGGACCGGUGCCGCCGCUUCCCGUCCCUCCUGGCAGCCACCACCAUUGACUGGUUCAGCGAGUGGCCAAAGGAGGCUCUUCUGUCCGUGAGCACUCGUUUUCUGGAGCACCAGGAGCUCGGGGGCUCUGUCAUGGUGCGAGCUAUGGCGCAGACCCGCGUGGAUAUACAUACAGCCGUGGUGGAGGCGGCGGGGAGAUUUUACCUGGAGCUCAAGAGGCGGUACUACGUGACCCCCCGCUCCUACAUCGACCUCAUCCACUUGUACAUCUCCCUGUUGGCAGCUAGGCGCCAGGAGACGGCCGUGGCUCGCGAGCGGCUGUUGUCGGGUGUGGCGAAACUCACCACCACCAACAGCACAGUGGAGGACAUGCGCACUCAGCUGCGACUGCUACAGCCAGUACUGGCGGACAAGACAGUUGCCACGCAGCGGUUGCUGGAGCAGGUGACGUACGAGCAGUACGAGGCGGAGAGGGUACGGGCAGCGGUGGCGGGCGAGGAGGCGGAUGUCAAGGCACAGGCAGCAAAGCUGGCGGCGCUGAAGGACGAGGCCCAGGCCGACCUGGAGGAGGUCCUGCCCCAGCUUGAGGCCGCCGAGCACUCCCUGUCCGCGCUCAACAAGACCGACAUCAUCGAGAUCAAGACCUUCACCAAGCCCCCUCCGCUGGUGCAGACCACCAUGGAGGGCGUGUGCAUACUGCUGCAGGAGAAACCCGAUUGGGAGACUGCGAAGCGGCUGCUGGGUGAGACCACCUUCAUUAAGCGACUGAUGGAGUACGACAGGGAUAACAUCCCGGACAAGGUCGUACGCAACCUCAAGCGUGUCAUUGACGACCCCACCUUCACACCUGACCAGGUGGCGAAGCAGUCCAGGGCGGCCCAGUCGCUGUGUCUGUGGGUUCGUGCCAUGGACACGUACGGCAGGGUUAUUCGUGUCGUGGAGCCCAAGCGUGCCGCCCUGGCCACCGCUCAGGAGCGUCUGGGUGCCCUGAACGGGGCCCUGGCGGCCAAGCAGCAACAGCUGGCGGAGCUGGAGGGCAAGGCCACCCAAGAGGAGCUUCACAGCCUGCAACAACAGGGCCUUCCCACCGACAGCUUAUCUGUUGACAACGGUGUGCUGGUCACCAGGGGGAGCCGCUGGCCGCUCUGUAUCGACCCGCAGGCAUGUCGCUGGAUCAAGGCCAUGGAGCUCAGAAACCACAUCCGGGUCGUGAGGAUGUCCGACGCACACGCCACAGCCGCCGCCGCCGCAGCAGCAGCAGCAGCAGCAGGAGCAGGAGCAGGGGCGCCCGGCAUUGCAGGCUCCACAGCCGUCAGCGCUGCGGCAUCGCCGGACAAAGCGGCGGUCGCCGGAGGCGGCGGUGGCGGUGGCGGUGGCAGCGGCGGAGCCGCCGGAGGCAGCUCCGCCUCCGUGGCCGCCGGCGGCGGCGGCGGCGGCGGCAGCGGCAGCGGCGGCGCCUCCGCCAGCGGUGGUGUUCCUCUGGCGGUGUUGGAGCACUGUGUCCGCCUGGGCCAGCCGCUGCUGCUGGAGGACAUCGGAGAAGGUCCCCUAGAUCCGGUGCUGGAGCCGCUGCUCACCAAGGCAACCUACAUGCAAGGUGAGGGACUUGAGGAUCAGCUGCUGGGGGAUGUCGUACGGCAGGAGCGGCCCGAUUUGGAGGAGGCCAAGGACCGCCUGGUGGUGAGUCUGUCCUCCGACAAGCGGCAGCUGUCCGAGCUGGAGGACCGCAUUCUGGCGCUGCUCAAGGAGGCGGAGCCCACCUCGCUGCUGGAUGACGAACAGCUCAUCGCCACACUGAACGACGCCAAACAGACCAGCGGCAUCAUUCAGACCCGGGUGGCGGAGGCUGAGGCCACCGAACGAGCCAUCAACGAGGCCCGGGAGGUGUAUCGACCCGUACCGACCCGCGGGUCAUUGCUCUACUUCGUGACGGCCGAACUGGCGCUGAUUGACCCCAUGUACCAGACGUCCUUGGCUGCCUUCACUCGCAUGUUCCGACAUUGCUUAGAUACGGCAGCGCGUGCGGACGAUUUGGGGGUACGGCUCCGGAACCUGAUGGACCAUACCACCGAGUAUGUAUAUCGCAUGGUGUGCAGCACACAGUCCAUCACCCCGCAACAACAACAACAACAACAACACAACCAGCAGCAGCAGCAACAGCAGUUUCAUCACAACGCAGGUUCCGGCGCCACGAAGGCUCCCCCGCCACACACACCAACCCAAGGCGGCCAGCUCCACACGCCGCGCCGGCCGCCGUCUCUGGGUGCCUGGGCUGGUCCCGGUGUGUGGGAGGGGCUGUGGGCGCUGGAGGCAGCGGUGCCGUCGGCAUUUGCCGGGCUGACGGCGGCGCGGCCGCCGUCACAGCUAUCAACAGCCCUCGUGAAGUUGCCGUCAGCGGCCGGGCUGAGGAGCCGGCGGCGGCGGCGGCGGCGGCUGCUCCUUCAGCGGCUGGCGGAGCUGCGGACCAGGUAUGUGGUCCUCACGAUGGGCCCCCAGUUCGCGGACCCCCCGCCCACCUCCCUCCCGGAGCUGUUCGCGGACUCCACCCCCGCCACCCCCAUCAUAUUCAUUCUCUCCCAGGGCGCAGACCCCAGUGCCGCCAUCACGCGGUUCGCGGGGAACAUGGGGCGACCCAUGGGUCAGAGGCUGCACAUGAUCAGUUUGGGACAGGGCCAGGGGCCGCGGGCGGAGGCGGCGCUGCAGGCCGCCAUGAAGUGCGGUGACUGGUUGUGUCUUCAGAACUGCCACCUGGCCGCCAGCUGGAUGCCCCGACUGGAGAGACUGUGUGAGGACUUGCAGGCUAGGUAUUUACAGCAGCAGCAGUUCAGCACGCGGCUAGCUGCCUUCCGUAUGACAUCUCCGGGUGCGGCUGCCGGUGCGGGUGCCGGUGCGGGUGUAGCGGUAGGCGGUGGGGUUGCUGUAGGAGCUGCCCUGUCCUCCCCAACCUUUACGGGGAUGGGCGACAGGUCCCCCAGAACCGCCACCACAACCAUAACCGGCAGCGGCGUAACCGCCAGCGGUGUGCGCAGCACUGGACACGGCCACGGCACGGGCACGGGCACGGGGUACGCGCCGACGUUUGGCACGCGCACGGCCAGCGGCGGCGGAGCCGCCGCUGCCGCCGCCGCUGCCGGGGUCACCGAGGCGCCGGCGUCGCCGCCGCCGGUGGCCCCUGUGUACGACGUCCAUCCGGAGUUCCGUCUGUGGCUGACGUCGAUGCCGAGUCGCUCCUUCCCCGUGGCGGUGUUGCAGAGCGGUGUCAAGGCCACCCUGGAGCCGCCUAAAGGCAUCCGGGCACAUCUGCUGCGCAUAUACAGCGAGAUGCCCCCCGCCAUGCUGGACGUGCUCCCCGGGAGCAGCGGCGGAGUGCCCUCCACUGCCACCACCACCAUCGCCGGAGCCACGACUGCGAACACAUCCUCUUCUGCUCUCGGGUCACCGGCGCCUGGGAUCUCGCUGAUCUCGCCCAUACAAACCCCUGCUGCUGCUGCUGUUGCGGCGGCGGCGGCGGCGGCGGCGGGUGUGGAGGAUCGUGUAGGGUCGCUGGGGGGCGUGGCUGGCUCGCCGUCGCUGCCGGCCUUCCAUGGCGGUGUGGGUGGCAGUACGAGACCGCCGGCGGGUCUCUUGGGGCCGUUGGGUCCCGGGGUGGGGCUGUCUCGUGCGGCUGCGGUGUCGUCCCAGUGGCGGAAGCUGCUGUUCUCGUGCGCCAUGUGCCAUGCGGUGCUGCAGGAGCGGCGCCGCUUCGGACCAUUGGGCUGGAACGUUCGGUACGAGUUCAGCGAUGGGGACCUCUCCGUCGCCGUCCGCACGCUGCAGAUGUUCCUGCUGGAAGCACCCGCCGCCGCCGCCGCAGCUGCCGUACCCGGCGGCAGCGCCGGCGGCUUCCGCGCCGUCCUGGGAGGCGGCCUGGGCCCGCCGCGCAGUCAGUUAGCUGUCAGCGGCGGUGACGCCAGCUCGAUCUGGUCCCUAUCGUACAACACCGCAGCGCCUGCCGUGCCGUGGGACGCGUUGCAGUACAUCACUGGCGACAUUGUGUACGGCGGCCGGGUGACGGACGAGAUCGACCGACGAACACUGGGUUGCUUGCUUAGGCAGUUCUACAACCCCUCAGUGCUCCGAGAGGGCAUGGGGUGGAGCGCUUUCAAACCCAUGAAGGGCGGCGGCCCCGCUGGCCGCAGCGGCAGCGGCGACGUCUCCGGCGGCGGCGGCGGUGGCCCUGCCGGCGUGGAGCUUGCAUACCCGCCGCCGCCUGACGGCGAUCACUCGUUAUACAUGUCGUACAUUAAGUCGCUACCGAGCUCUGACUCCCCCGAGGUGUUCGGACUUCACGCCAAUGCGGAGAUCCGGUGCAAAUGCAGGUGGGAAACCCGCAAGCUCCUCGACACAAUCCUCUCCAUCCAGCCGCGAGUGGUCGCCCAGCCCGCCACUACUAGCAGCGGCUCAGCGACGACCAGCAACAACGGCGGCGGCGGCGGUGCCGGCACGCCUCGGGAGAAGGCGUCUCUCCCGACCACCCACUCGCCCUCGCCAACCUUCAGCAACCUGACACUCGACGUUGUCGGCGGUGGCGGCGGUGGCGGCGGCAUACCCGGUAACAGCACCCCAGCUAACCCGUGCGGCUUUGGCGCAGCGCAGCUGUACGACAACUCCGGCGCGGCCGAUGGACGAGAUCGUGGCAAGAGAUAUACCACGGAGACCACCACCACCAACGUGGGUACAGCAUGCGCGGUGGCGGGGAGCAGCACCGGCUGGCGCCGCCGUACUUCCGGUUCCUCGCGCAGCUCUGGAUUACCUGUCGUCGUUGCCGGCCCCGUCGCCGGGGAAUUGUCGACAUCGACGUUGACGUCGCCGGACGACGUCGCCGCCGACAUGGCGGCGGAGAUUGCGGACCUGCUGCCGCCGCCGCUUGUACGGGAGGCCGCUGCGCCCGGUGCCGCCAACCCGUUUGCUCCCUUGCCGUCGGGCCACGACAACAGCCUCGGUGUGGUGUUGGCGCAGGAGAUGCAGCGGGCGAAUGCGUUGCGUAGCGUGCUGUUCAAGAGCCUGGACGAGCUGGUUCGCGCAUUACGGGGCCUGGCCGUAAUGAGCGCCGAGUUGGAGCCCCUAGCCGCCUGGGUAGCGGACUUCCGUCGCCGCGUGGAGGCCCUGCAGACCUGGCUCUCGAGGGGGCAGCCGCCGGCCUUCUGGCUGCCAGGGCUGUUCUUUCCACAGGGCUUCAUUACGGCAGUGCUCCAAAACCACGCUCGUCGUACACGCGUGCCGAUUGACCACCUGGUCUUUGACUUCCGCACCCUGGCCGCAGCUCGUCCCGGCGACAUGUUCAGCAGCCUCCCCGCCAUCCACAUGCUACCCAAGCCCACAGCAGAAGUGGAAUCCGGCCCGGAAGUGGGCCGCCCAGAGGCCCCCCUGCCACCGCCGUCCGCCGCCUCAGCUACACUCGAUAUGUCGGCUGCCUUCACGCCAGCGGCGGCGGCGGCUGCGGCCGCCAGCCACGUCUACGCCUGUCCGCUGUACAAGACGAGCGUGCGGGCAGGUGGUCUGAGUACCACCGGCCAGUCGACCAACUUUGUGAUCUACCUAAACCUCGCCAUCCCGACCGACACACACUCCGACUUCUGGGUGAUGUUGGGAGUGGCGGCGCUGUGUGCGCUGGACGACUGAUUCCGCGGCCUCGACAGCGGACCCUGCCUCAUCCAUCAUUUCCAUCCACCUGGGGUCGACGACUGCAUUGGGGAUAGAAAGAAGGACUUUACUGAGUAAACAAUUUCUCAUGGACUGAAUGACGACCUCCUCCUGCUAGGAUUGGCGAUGGGGGCUUUUCGGGCCUUCGGAGCGGAUAUCGGAGCGUUUAAUUCUUCUCCUUCUUGAGUGGUGGCUUGGGUUUUAGGGUUUUAGGGUUUUCAUUUGAGGAUGAUGAUGGUGGGUGAGGUAGCCUCGCCCAGGUUACAGGGGAGUUCUAAACCUCAGGCAACAUUGUAUAAAUGGGCCGAUGCUAUGCUGGUUUGGUAGGUUGGCGGGCAAGGCGGAGUGCUAGCGAGCAAGGUGUCUGAGAGGUUGGGGCCUUGGCCGGGACUAGCCUUCUUUGUUGCUGGCGAUCAGCCGGCCAGGGGGAAGAGGGGGGGCCGGGUGCCCACAGGGAGAGGGGUGGCCGGGCCGCGGGUGAUGCCGCGGGUGAGUGGGGGCUUAGAGGCGCCGCGUGGGGAUCGCUGUGGAGUGGCGACAAGCAUGGGGAGAGGGAGAGAGAGCAGGUGCGUCUGAUCCGGUUGUGUAGCUAGCAGGCGAGCAGGGACAAGAUUUGCGGUUAUUGAUUCAGCUGUUUGUUUAGCGCUAAUGGGUGAUGGCUGGGUGUCUCCACCUGGACUGCUUCAAAAAGAGUUCCUCCCUAAGUGUUAGGAAAAAACAUUGCCUGCGUCAAAACGUGGUCCCAUGAAAGUGUGCGUCAAAGGGGAGGGGCCCCUCUCACUCCUACCUUCCCAUCCCAAAAGUUGUCUGGGGCCUAUGUCACUUGUUGGCCCAUGGCAGGCUUUUGCAGAGCUGAUGAGGAUGGGGAUGAGCUUCCCCGUUGCGGGUGAUGAGCUUCCCGUCUUUAGGGAUAUCUAAAAACAGUCAGGGAGCCUUUAUCAUAAUUGUCCUGCAGCGCUAGCCCUUCGUUGCGGUCUUUGGUUAUGUUUAAAGUUUGAACUGCAACCUUCUUCCGCGCACGGCUGUGAUCCGUAAUCGCCUCGUUUUGCAUUUCCUGGAAACAUCAUAGCAACACUGUUGCAAAGGCUUGUGUAAAGUAUCAGGAUUUG